AUGACGGAGCACAGCGGUAACAGGCACGCGAACUGUACGUCUCUGGAUGCGCUUCCCGAUGACAUCAUAGAGCAAGUUCUGUUGUAUGUAUCACCAUUGGACAACUUGGCUGGUCUGCAGAGUCAAUCACGCAGGUUACAUGGGUUAGCAAGUCAACCUCUGUUGUGGAAGUACCACUGCUUGGCAGCUUUCCAGUACUGGCAGCCUGGACACGGCUUGGAACGUCUACUACUACAGAAUGCGUCGGCGACAAAUUGGAAAGCCUUGUUCCUCAAGCGCCAAAGGCAAAACUCAUCCAUCGCACGCCUCCUCGAUCGCAUCGUCACUUCCCGAGUAAAUCGCAUCGAGGGCAUGCAACAGAUUUGCGAGUACGGUUAUGAUGCCAAGGACUUUCUCAUUGAAAAAUGCCGCACUACCAAGAGCGACCCGAGAGUGCUGGCAGUAAGCAUACAUCGGAACCUGGCCAUUCAGCAGUGGUUCCAACUUAGCAAUUCGGAACCAACGGAUCCCUUGAAUACACGACCCUCUCUGGAGAAGUCGUUGGCCGCUUUCGAUCUCUUUGUCCUGCACGAUGAGCGCGGUGAUCUCAACGAGACUAGUCAGCUGCUAGACAAUUACACAAACCUAUUUAUGACGUCCCAACCCAAAUGGAGCGAAAAGAGUACGCGGGAACAGGCUCUCGCGCUGAACCACUGGAUACGUGCAGCCAAUCUUGUUGGGUUGGACGACCAAGAGCAGGACUAUAGAAACCUACGGAACUGUUUUAUUGGACAGGCAUUACGCGAUUCAAACCAUGAAUCAGUACCCAUAAUCUCCUGCGCAAUUUACUGCUGCAUCGCCGAAAGAAUAGGCCUGCAAGCGGAAUGCUUCUUGGCACCCAUCUGCGUACACAUUGUUGUCACCGCACCCCCUGGCUACGAUUUAGACAUGAAACCCAGCCAAGAAGAGCAUCAAAUGUACCUGGACCCAUUUGCUACCAACGGGGAGGUACCUCUCAACAAGAUGGAGCAUCUCGUCUCCCACGCCGACAUGACCAUCGCCAGCCUACGCAAUUCGGGCACCGUCUUCGCCAUCACUACCCGCACCGCGCGCAACAUUGAGGCCUCCCACGCCGCCGGCGCCCGCCGCGCCGACCCCCUCAGCCUCAGCCGUUUUCUGGGCGGCCACGCCGCCUUGAACCGGCAGCUCGCGCUGUACGCGACGCGCUGGGCGCUACUGAUCCUGCAGGUGCCCUUUACGCAGCGCUGGCGCGAGCGCCGCACACAGCUCUUGCAGCGCCUUCUGCGCGACUGGCCCGAGGACGAGUGGAUCAUGUCGCAGUAUGUGCUGGCGCAGAGCCGUCAAGGCCGCCGCGGCGGCGGCAGUGCUGGCGACGCGGCGGUGGACCACGCCGCCGCCCUCCACCGCGCCUGGCACCCGGACCGGCUGCGGGCCGAGAUAUUCCAGAACGCGCUCACGCCGGCCCGCGUGGCCCCCUAUCGAAUCGGCCAGAUCUUUGUGCACCGGCGCUACCAGUGGCUCGGCGCCAUUGUCGGCUUUUACGAGGUGCCUACCGCGACCUGGGGCGUCAUUGGCUCGACCGCGAUAGCCUCGGAAGGCGGCAGCGCGGCGCAGAGCUCGGAUGACCGGCGAUGGUUCUACAUCAAGACUAUAGCCGCGUCCAGCACGGACGAACAAGUGAUUGCUCCUAAAAACCUGGAAAUCAUGAACGACGCGUCUCAAGUGACUGAUGACAUGUUUCCGCUAGCGGGCAAGUUCUUCAAAAGAUUCGAUCGCCAAAAGUGCCGCUUCGUAUCCAAUGUUGACGAGGAAUACCCACGUUUAGCUGGCGGGGACUGA